AUGCCGAAUCAAAGCGUCCCGGUCUUUCUGACCGAGCAGAUUGCCGUCUGCCCAGGAACCUAUUGGUGUGCCAAAGAGGAAGAGAUGUGCAACUGCACCGGAGAGAUCACAUAUAGCCCUGAGCUUUUUGACGGUUAUGUCUACACAGUGCCAGCAGCUGAACAAGCUUACAAGGUGCGUUCGGAUGGUCUGUGGAAAUGCGGCACUGACCAGAUGGGCCUGCCUUACAAAGUGGAUCCAGCACCUUGGCAUAUCAAGCACUGCUGGUGCACUCCUGAUGGUAUCCAAACAAUCCUGGAACCAUAUGGAAGCCAAAACUUGCACAAGAAGGAAUGUUCCGAAUCCUCUAACUUCGACUUUGAAGAGGCCAACACACGACGCCUGCGACGCCUGGCCGCCACACAACGGGCACGACGCUUGAUGCAGCGCAUCAAGGAGCGCUUGGAUCACGCCUCGAAUCGGCAGCUCCACGAUUCGCGGCGGCGCCGAACCUAUCGAUAUACUCCCUGGGCGCUGGUCACAGUGGAGGAUGACGCCUUGGAUUAUUUUUCAUCCUCCAACAACAAGCCCAUCAGCUGUGCCUAUGAGUACGGAGUUCCACAGGCUUCCGGGCAAUUCUACCAUGGUGAUGGACCGUAUUCGGGUGGUGUUUGGAAAGCCGAAAACGUGGCCUUGAAAUGGGGCAAAGACCCCGUUCGACCAUGCUGGGUGCGAACUCAAGGUGAAUCUGCUGGGGGGUACUGCUCCCUGGCACUGCAGGUACCUGGAACCCUGAAGGAGAAAGCUCGAGAUCUACUGAAGACCGUGAGCAUCCUAUUUUGGAGUUGUCUUUGCUGCACCAUUGUGAUGCUCAUACUUUGUGGUGUCUUUUUUGGUCCUGCUGUGCUACAGCUUUGUCAAGAGCUGCGGGACCCGGUCGCAGCAGACGGAGAUGGAGAAUUUACUCAAUGUGGGCCAGGUGCAAAGCAAUGCACCAAACGCUCCGCGCUGACGGCGCUGACGCUGAAGAACUGGGAGAAAUUCAUCGAAGGGGAAAUGGAGAAAAAAAUUCAGAAGCUGGUGCGCAGCGCACGCAGAGCCGAACGAGGCGCCUUAGGUCCCGCGAAUUUGAAAGCCGAAACCCUUGAGGAGUUCGGAGGUCUGUUGCGACCAGAACAAGUGGAGAUGUCCUUUGACAAGCGCUACAACUGCAAGGCACACCUAGAAGACCGGAUUGAAGAGAGCUGGGAAGCCGCCCUGGCCAAGAAUCCUCGACUCUUCGACGGCUCCAAGUUUCGCUUGCACCGCGUGAGCUUCGACAAAGACACGAAGCUCUUGCGUUUGGAGUUGGGGUUGACUUCCUAUAAGGAGUACCUGGGCACCAAUCGAUUGGAAGAGGAGCAUCGGCAGCGCUUUCAGCGGCAGGGCCUUGAACACUUUGAAGAUGAGGCGGCUCAUUUCUCCAACGCCCUCGGCUGCGAAGCUGCGCUGGUGACCUGUGACCAGCAGCUGGUGUUGUUACGCAGGAGCAGUGCUGUUGGAACUCAUGCUGGAUUGUACAACGGUCCUUCCGGCCAUCCCGAGCCCAAAAACGUGGGUUUUCCCAACGGAACCAGCGACUGGGAUGGAAGCGAUGGAAGCAGCGAGCCAGAGUUAACUGCAGCGGUACUGAAGGAGAUCUUCCAAUCCGCGGUGGAUGAGGUGGUUGCUGAGACGGGCGUGCCACCUGAAACGCUUUCAGAACCGCAGCUGAUGGGUUUCAUGGCAGAUCCCGCCAUGAAGCCAGACGUGCUGUUCCUACUGAGAACGACUUUAGACUCAGGGGCACUGAAGGAUGGCAUUGGAAAAGCGCAAGAAGCAUGGGAAUCCGAUAGAUUGGUGUUUUGGCCCUUGGCCACAGCAGAUGCCUGUGAUUUACCACUGACAGCAGACUUUGGCGUCCUCAGCAGUCGCGAACCAAAGGAGGAUCUGUUCCUAGCAGUCACACGCAUACGCAUGCGACAGAUGUCUCGAGAACGGCCCAAACAGGCGCCAAAUCGCUCACGCUCCGUGAAGAGUGAAUCAGAUAUGGCUCCGGCGGUGAAAAGCAUCGAGGAGACUCGCCUCAAGUUGAAACAGAUGCUCUCGGCUCGUCCAGUAGGAGCGGUUGCACUUGAAGAGGUGGCCUAUUUUUGCACCUGCGCCUUGGAAGGGGAAGAUCCAGAGCUUUGUGCAGAGGCAGCGAGCAACUUCAGCCAAGCUGUUGGAAAGGCUUCUCAAGCUGCCUUGCGUUCCUCCAGUUCUGCCAGUGCUUGCGCCAUGUUUGCCUCUUUGCUACGGCACCCAGAGGAGACCUGCAGAAAAAGAGUGGUGGACGAAGCUCAAAAGAACCUGGACGCUGCGCAGUUACUCCGUGUGAUUGGUCAAGGUGUAGGUGGCAAAGAUACCCUGAGGCGAUUUUCAGCAUCUGUGAACCUCCUGCAGGUGGUGCGGUUGCUGGUCUCCAAAGCAGAGGCUCUGGAACGACUCCGAGCCAAUGACGGUUUUCGCCUGGCUGUAGAGGACUAUCCCAGUCUGGGCAAGGGCCGAGCAGCACCCGCUGCGGGCGUAUGGGGUCCCUCCGGCCCAUCCAGUACGCCUGGCGCGGCACCGGCCGCUGCCCCGGCACCCGCACCAGCCAGUGGUGGCAAGGAUAUGGGAAAAGGAGGUGGAAAGGAUUGGGGUAAAGAUGGUGGAAAGGAUUGGGGGAAGGACAAGGGUGGAAAGGAUUGGGGGAAAGACAAGGGUGGAAAGGAUUGGGGCAAAGAUGGUGGAAAGGACAAAGGGUGGGGCAAAGAUGGUGGCAAGGAUGGUGGAAAGGACAAAGGGUGGGGCAAAGAUGGUGGCAAAGAUGGCGGCAAGGAUAAAGGGUGGGGGAAAGAUGGUGGCAAAGAUGGUGGAAAGGACAAAGGGUGGGGCAAAGAUGGUGGCAAAGAUGGUGGAAAGGACAAAGGUUGGGGCAAAGACGGUGGCAAAGAUGGUGGAAAGGACAAAGGGUGGGGCAAAGAUGGUGGCAAGGAUGGUGGAAAGGACAAAGGGUGGGGCAAAGAUGGUGGCAAGGACAAAGGGUGGGGCAAAGAUGGCGGCAAAGAGAGCAAGGGUUACGGACAGGCUGCGGAAGCCCCUUCACAAUCCUCACAGGCAGCCCCUUCCGUUCCACCACCCACGGCUGCCCCAUCGAUGGCCCCCACCGAAGAAAAUCUGGCCUCUCGACGUUUCGGCGCGGAUGACUUCGAAGCAGCCGAGCGAGCAGAUCUGGAAGGAGAGAAGAAUAUUGUGCCUGAAGAGAUUCCGGACACACGUAGCCUGGACAUUCCGCGUUUGAGCCUCGGCACGCGCGGCGAAAAGAUGCGUUUGGUCUCCAAUCACUUCACCAUCACCAUGCGGACGGAUACCAAGUCGGCCGAUGCCACGGUUUGGAAGUGUUGGCGUGUCGACUUUGCUCGUUCCGAGACAGUGCAACCCAAGGAAGGUGGCUUGAUGAAGGGACGUGCACCCAAGGCCAAGGGUGAAGAUGAAAGGGAAGUCUCCAAGGCCCUCCGCAAGCAAGCAGUGGAUCUUCUACUGGAAGAUGUUCCUCCCAGUGAUUGGUUGCACGACGGCAACAACUUGCUCUACACCCGGAAGACGGUUACCACUGUGGCGGACUGUCGGAAGGAAGUGGAGAUCCCGCCAAAGCCGGGAAAGAGAGCGCUAAAGGUGACCAUGGAGUUGAAAUUCGAAGGGCGGGAGAUCGACUUGGGAUGGCUACAGAAACCACCUGACCAGUUCAAGGAUGCCUCCGAAGCCAUGGUGGCCAUGUCCGAACAUCGUCGAUUCGUCCAGGUGGCGAUUCGCACCUUGGCCUUGGAACGUGAGGAGCUCAUCGCGCAGGGCCGGAAAGUGGUCUGCCCGGACCAGCGCUUGGUCUGCGAUCCCGUCCCACUGGCCUUGGCGCGUGAGAUCUGGUUUGGCUACAUUGCGCAAGUGGAAGUCGUGAACGGCGGGAUUCUGCGCGAUGGCAAGGUAGGACCUGCACGGACCACCCUCAGUUUGAAUUUGGUGGCCUCGGUCGGUAUUCCAGAGACCUGGUUCAUCGAUCUCUUGGGAAAGCUUUGUUCCAAAUAUCCUGGCGACAAGAAAAACGAAGAGUGGUAUGCCAAGGACAUUUGCAAUAACUAUUUCCAGCAAGGCAAUCGAGAGUACCAGCGCAUGCGUGAUGCCCUUCGUAGCGACUUGGGCUUGAGGAAGCUGAAAGUCCGAGUGGACUACGCCGAUAAGACCUUCACGGGGAAGAAAGUGGUGGACAUCACCGAACGCCCUGCGAAUCGCCAAGAGUUUGACUGCGAGGAAAUGGGCGGCAAAGUGAAUGUGGUGCAAUACUAUCAGCACAAGUACGGCGUCACAGUUCGAUAUCCAAACCUGCCAUGUCUUGAGCUGGGCAAACCCGGCAACUGCUAUCCCUUGGAGUUUGUCACCGUCUUGGGAGGUGAACACAACUUGGAGGUGGGCAAACUCAAAGCUGAAUUUCAGCAAGAGGUGACCAGAAAAACUGCCAUGCCACCAACUCAACGACGAGAUCAAAUUCUGAGAGCUCACCAGAACAGGAACCUGGGUCCUGCGGCUGCGCUGGAGGGGAAAGGUAUCAAAGUGGAAACGGAGAUGGCCAUGGUGACGGGUCGCCGCCUGGAACAACCGCGUUUGAAGGAUGCUCGAUCUGCGGCUUUGUCGGUGAACUAUUCCAACAGUUUCCAAACUGUUCAACCUCCAGGCUAUGAGGUGAGCUGGGGUAUGUGGUGCUUCUCCCAAAAACUCUCUGAGAGAGAUGUGAAGUGGUUGGCAGGGGAGUUUGUGAGCAAGACCAGAUCCAAAAGCAUGAGAUUCGGUGAGCCCAAAAUGGUGGAAUGGCCAAAAGAGUCCUUCGAUGCCUACUACGAAGGAGCUCGGAGACGAGAAUCCAUGUUUCCAAAGCUGCAAGAGAAGUUGAGAUCCGAUUUGCGGGCGGUGCAGCAGACCUAUCGGGACUUCAGAUUGCUGGUUGUCAUCGUGGACGAUAGCGAGGCCAUGACGGACUACCUCUACAAGAGCAUGAAGUUGAUCACCGAAACGGAACUGGGCAUGGUGACGCAGUUCAUCAACUGUAAGAAAGGUGUCAGUGAUGCGGAAAGGAAGUUGAACAACAUCAUGCUGAAGGUGACCCCCAAACUUCCCGUGACGUUAACGGCCAGCCGUGCAGCUCACAAUGUAGUGUUGGCCUCGCCACAUCGACUGCUGACCAAAGAGGAGGGCACGAUGAUUAUGGGCGCAGAUGUGUGCCACAAGGUGGCAGGCAUCAGUGUCGCAGCUGUAGUGGGAACCACUGACUUCAGUUUUGCCUCCUAUUUCCAUGAGAUCCGAGGGCAAUCGCCUUACACGCUGAACGAAUUGAAGGUUCGAAGUCGUCAGAGCGAGGAACGGAUCGUGGACUUGGCCAGUAUGACGGUGAAUAUCUUGGAACGAUGGAAGAAGUGCCACAAUACCUUGCCCAAGACCAUCUUCUACUACCGUGAUGGUGUCUCCGAUGGACAGUUUGUCAACGUCCUGACACGCGAGUUGAAUUUGUUGGAGCAUGGCUUCAAACAAAUCGAUGCCACCUACAAUCCGCAGUUGGUGAUUAUCGUAGGACAGAAACGACACCAGACUCGGCUGUGGAUGGAGCAGGGCUCAGAAAAAGGAGGUGGAAAGGGAAAAGAUGACAAAGGAAAGGGCAAGGGCAAAGGCAAAGACCCCGCUCAGGUGCCCCCUGGCACAGUGGCCAGUGAUGCCAUCGCGCAGCCCAGCCACAUGAACUUCUUCUUGGUCUCCCAGGAAGGUAUUCAGGGAACUUCCGUUCCUUGUCACUACCACGUCCUCCACAUGGACAAGCGAUUAAUCCAAAGAGGCAUUGCAGUGGAUGACAUUGAGCAAAUCACCUACCAGCUCUGCCAUAUGUAUUCUCGCGCUGACAAGUCAGUCGGCUAUGCCACGCCAGCGUAUAUGGCGGAUCACGCCUGUGAGCGCGGCAGGCAUUACCUGGAAGCUCACUUUGGUGCCUCCGAUAUCCAAUCGACCUUGGGCUCGUCCUCCAGCGAGGAACGGAAAGAGGAGGACAUGCGGAAACAGAUCGAAGAUAGCCUCUCGGCCAUUGCAUCCAGCAACGAAUGUCUUCGGUGUACAGAGCUGGGUGAUGGCCGGUAUGGACAUAACAAGAAAGAAGGAAAGGCUUGGAAACAGGGAAGUCAAGUGGCAGAACUGGCGCAAGAGUGUUGCGCUCUGAUGCUGCAGCUCGCACCACAAAAUGCACGUGCAGCCGCAGCCGCGGGGGCUGGUGAGUGUGCCUUGACCUCGUGGCAACGCUGUGUGGCUACAGAUGUUGCCUUGCGAACGUCUUUGGUGCAAGGUUUCGCCGAGGUGUCAUUGCUGUGCAUGCCAUACCUGCAGGAAAGACCACAGGUUCUGUCACGCCUGGCCUGUGAGAGUCUUCGGUCGUUGGUCACCUGUGGUUCCGCCCCUGUGAUCUUGGCUUUGCUGAAGGUUCUGACGAAGAUCUCACAAGAUAUCAAAUCGGCUCCAUCGCUGUUCAACUUAGGUUUGCCCGAGCUUCUUCUGGCUGUCUUGGGACAAGACAACCUCAGCAGUGACACGGUGAUGCGGCGGAUGGCGGCUGAGGUCCUGGUGAAAACCAUUUCCUUCGCCGUGGUAGGUGCUGGUCGUCAAGCCCCGCCACCGGCUCUUUGUCCUGCUCCAAUGGGAAGUUUCCGCUUCAAGGAGUCCAGACUGCCGAGGGCCACCGACUCUUGGCAGGCAGAGCUACAGAGCAGGCGACCUCCUCAGCCAACCCUGGACCCAGCCAGUUGCGCCAGUGCUUUGAAGCGACGCUUAGAGACAUGGAAGUUCCGCGCUGUGGCGCCAUUUCGCGUGAACUCGUGCGAGGGUCCGGAGGAAGCCGCGUUGGACUUCGAUGCGGACUUCGAAAGUGGUAGUUUGGGCCCGGUGACUCGCCUUGGUCCAGCGGAAUAUGAGGUUCAACUCUUAUCAGACGCCAAUGGAGGCUAUGUCCAGUGGUUUUGUUUCCGCGUGCGGCGGAUGAAGGUUGGAAUGCCAUACACUUUUCACCUCACAAAUCUCAUUAAACCUGGCAGUCUAUUUGAAGAGGGUUGUCAGCCGGUUCUGUUCUCCAAACGGAGAAUGGAAGAAUGUGGCAUCGCCUGGUCUCGAGAAGGUGCAGAUGUGGCAUACUACCCUUGCAGCAGCUUGGAUCGGUUUUGUGAUGCAGGGCUUGAACCCACUUGGUAA